AUGACAGCCGAGGAGCUCCACUUGGUACUCCGUAUUAAGGAGGUGGAGCGUGAGGCAAUGCACCUACGAGUGCGAGCUCUAGAUUUGGAGCGGGAACCCCCAUUUGCUUCUGCCACCCCCAUUCGGUCGUUGCAGUCAGAUAAGCCGCCAGCCAAUUACAGUGAAGUGCUGGAGGAGCUGUUCCAAGUCAUCCCUGAUGAGGUGCUCUACAUGGACGCCGGGCCCGAGCGCUGCAGGACCUGCGCUGUGGUGGGGAACUCGGGGAACCUGAAGGGGUCCGAGUACGGCGACCUCAUCGACUCCAGCAAGUUCGUCUUCAGGAUGAACCAUGCUCCCACCCGUGGCUUUGAGAUGGACGUGGGAACCAGAACAACUCAUCAUGUCAUGUAUCCAGAGAGCGCCAUCGACCUGGACAACAACACCAGACUAGUUCUGAUCCCUUACAAGACUCUGGAUAUUCAGUGGCUCAUUAGUGCCCUCACCACAGGCACUAUUAAACACACCUAUACGUCUGUCCCUGCCAGGAUAAAAGCAAACAGAGAUAAGGUGGUAGUUUACAACCCCACAUUUUUCAAAUACGUCUACGAUUCUUGGCUCGAGGGUCACGGACGUUACCCCUCGACCGGCUUCCUCAGCUUACUGCUCGCUCUCCACAUAUGUGAUGAGGUCAGUGUGUUUGGAUUUGGGGCCGACCAGUCCGGAAGCUGGCACCACUAUUGGGAGGAUAACCACAUGAAACACACAGGGGUCCACGACGGAAAUUACGAACACAACCUCACCUCGCUGCUGGUGGAGAACCACAAAAUCAAAAUGUUUCGCGGCACAUGAAACCAACCCUGUUGUGUGCCGUGGGACGAACCUCACGCACUCACAGACAGCCCUUUGAAUGAUGAAAAAGGCUGUCUGUGAGUGCGUCACCUGACUAUGGAAGAACACUUCAAUGAUUUCCAAGGACAUUGUUGAAUGAUCUCGUCUCGUCUUUACAGCUCUCUGUUGCUUGCUGGAGCUACUGUUUGAGAAGUGUCACUCCUAUUGACAAACCCACAGUUUCUGUUUGUUCCCAGAAAAAGACCCUGACACGCCGUCAAGUCAAGACUAAAGCAACACUGCCACUUGUUUCCGGGCGUUUUCAUAUUAUGUACAAUCGCUUUGCAACAUGCCUCAGUGUGAUUGUCCUCCCCCUCUCCGCCUGCCACUCAGCUUCCACAUAAGUAGUGUUAUUCUGUGCCCGAAUACACACGCACAUCUGCACACUCUGAUACAGUGGGUUGUGUUAUGCAGCUAGUAGGCUUGUGUUCCAUUCCAACCAUAUACUGUAUUUAAAAACAGAAGUCAUGAAAGCCUCUCUAAAGCAGGGCUGUCCAAACUACGGCCCACGGGCCAACUGCUGCCCUCCAUCCAUUUUUAAUUGGCCCGCAUCAAAAAAAUUAAACAAAAUUAAAAAACUAACAAUUUACUAGUGCUUAAAUGGCACUUACUCAUUGCACUUUGUAGUUUUGCUUUAUUUUUGAAGAAAUUGUACUUUCUUGAUUCUUGUUGUUCUGGGUUUGUACCCUCGGGGUUGAAUGCAAUUGUAACUCACUUUGGAUAAAAGCGACAGCUAAAUGAAAUGUAAUGUAAUGUAAUGGACUGUGGCUCACUGAAUUGCACUUCUCAGUUUAGACACCAGGUGGCGCCCAACUCACCCCUGACCUGCUAGCUGUUACUGGAUGAGACAUGGGCCAAACUGAAAAGCCAAAGUACAGUUGAUGGUUUAUGUAGUUAUUAUCACACUGAUGUUUGUUCAAGUGCAAUUUUUUUACCCAGAUUCUUUUUCUGUUAUUUGAUGACAUAUAUAUAAACAGGUUGAGAUGUCAUGAUUGACAGCUGAGACUGACUCACAAUUGGUAAAGCUACUACGCAGACUCUGUUUCCAAAUGUGCAAAAUGGCAGCGUUUGUAUCUGGGAUAAUUUGGAAAAAAAAUUCAGUAGAGGGAGGAAGUGGUUAGCAGCGGGUUAGGGGUUAGAUCAUUUACAGUCUAUGGUUGUGCCGAUAAACACAAAGAGGAGUACACUUACAAUUGUGUCAUCAGGAAUGCAACUUUAUUUUUUUGUUACUUUUCUUUUGAGAAGUGGCACAUACUUGAUAUUCCUAGUCUUGGCAUUUCUUGUGUCUUGUUUAGUUUUGAUUGUAGCCUAUUUUUUUCAUGUACCGAAAUUACAGGACAAACAUUUAAUUUAUUUUCAUGACUAUAGAGACAUUUACUCUGUCCCAAUUCAGGGUCUGCAUCCUUCGGGGUGUGAAGGAGGCAGUCUGCGUGGUCCACAUAGAUCAGGAAGGCCGACCCCAAAUGUAACAGUCUGGUCUAUCAAUCAAUCAAUCAAUCAAUCAAUCAAUCAAUCAAAUGUUAUUUGUAUAGCCCAUAUUCACAAAUCACAUAUUGUCUCAUAGGGCUUUAACAUGGUGUGACAUCCUCUAGGAAAAACUACUAAAAAACCCUUUUAACAGGGUCAAAAUAACGUAGAAACCUCAGAGAGAGCCACAUGUGAGCCACAUGGUCUACAGGGGAUUUCCAUGAUCGAUGUCUUUUUAUGUCUUUUGUCUUCUGAAAUGAAGUGUUUAAAUUUUGAUUAUAUUCAUAUUGUCAUGUCGUUCAUUUACGCUGAGUUUUAAAUAAUUCAUAUGCUUUUAAAAGAAAUACGCUCAAAAUAUAAGCAGGCAUACGCUCUCAUACUAAUUGAAAAGUUCGGUGGGGAAGCAGGCGGAAUAAUGCACUAUGCCAGGGAAGGGUAGAUUUAACCAUGCUUGGCUAGAAAUUGAAAAGUACAUGCCAUUGAUUACAACAGACAAAGACCUCAAUCAAACUAUUGUCUCAUUCAUUUGCAUCAUUUAAUGUAUACUGUAUGCUUUGGAAUUCUCAUUGUUAGCUUUAAUACUAAAUUUGUCACUUUUUCAUGUAUACAGCGAGAUUUAUCAAAAUGUUUGGUCAUGGAAAUUUGGUUUAAAGUUAUUGAAAAGUCAUGGAAAUGCAUUGGUAAAAUGUGUAUGAACCCUGGUAUUGAUUCCUUGUGUUUGUUUUUUUGUUUGGAUAUUUUGCCUCAUUAAAGGACACUUUCAGUUCAA